AUGAAGUUCUUGAAAUAUUUAUUCAUAUUUUGUUGCUUCAAGUUAGUUUUAUCUGGCGGACAAGACGAGUGUGGAUCACCGUAUUUAGAACUCAUUGGUUUAUUUGAUAAUUAUAAGGAAAUUGUAGCGAAAUUCGUUGAUGUUGCAAUUUUCUUCGUCAAUUACGUGAGUGAAACGGCAGACUCUGCAGAGGAAAUUUUGGCAACUGAUGACAUUAAAACGCAAGAAGUUCAAGAUUUCAUCAAUAAUAUCGAUCUGAAUGGUUUUGCAUCCUAUGAAAUUAUCAACUAUAUUGGGAUGUUGCCUUCUGAAGAACAAUCCUCUGGAAACGUAUUUCGAAUUGCCUUGUUGGGCAUACUAGCUGCUAACGCGGAAGAUAAUUUCCAAAAUAUUUUAAAUACAGUUAUUAGUGAAAUGAUUAGAGUUUUAUCUCCUGAAGAAGUGGAAGUUAUUUUAGCUUCCAUUGGAAACCAAGCACCAGUGGAAUUCCCGCUGUCGUGUAUUCAAAUACCUUUAAUUAACCUUGCUCAAGUUUCAACCGAAAGGGACGUUGAAUAUACGACAGUUUUUAAUGAACGACUUGACUCUCUGAAGUCAGAACCUUGA